AGAUGGCAACCUGAAUAAAAACAUUUUAAAAAUGGCGGCACCCAGUCGAUGGCGUGGAUGACAUGUGGACUAUUUGUGCUUUUUCAUUGUGUGCCUCUGAUAUCUCAUCAAACAACACUUUAAAAUAUGAGAAUAGGUGAACCGAUAGCAGAACAUAUCGCUCGCGCUAUUUUCUGCCUGUAAAAAUAUUGUCGUAACUUAUUUAUGUGGUUUUAAGACAUGUCGUCGAGGUAUCUCCUAAAGUUCUCGUACCUGGGUACAAGAUACAGAGGCAUGCAGCGACAAAGCAGUCGACCCUGCUUGGAGAAUUGGACCGUCCAGGGAGCCAUUGAGGGGGCGCUGCGCAACCUAAGGCCGCUGAGCGAGCCGGUACUAAUUCUCGCCAGCCGCACGGACACCGGGGUGCACGCCUCUCUCAGCGCUGGGCAUGUGGACCUCGUUCCGGCAAACACCGCACAGCGCUACCAGCCCCUGCAAAUCUUCGGCGUCCUCAACAGGCACUUUGCACGCAGGGAUCACGACAUUGUAGUCCGAGAGGUGCUUCCCGUGCCUUCAUGGUUCCACGCCCGCUACCUGGCCAAGUCGCGAAGCUACGUCUACCGUGUGGCCGUCCUGCGGCCUCAUGUCCUCGAACAAUCCACCGUUCUGGGGACCACCAUACGCCACCUCUUGCCGCUGAACGAGAUCAACUCCUGCUGCGCUGUCCCGCCUCUGGACUUCUCCCGGGUACAUGAGGCCAUGGAGCUGCUCAGUGGGGAGCAUGACUUCCGCACCUUCAAGAAUGUCGGGCGCACCAAAGCCGAAGACGAGGUCAACACCGUGCGCAACGUGUUGGACUUCACUCUGCGGCCAUCGCAGCCAGCUUCGGCCGUCGCGGACCCGCUCUAUGACAAUGUGGACCUCUGGGAAUUCCACAUCAAGUCGAGGUCUUUCCUCUACAGGCAGGUGCGCCGCAUGGUAAGCGUGGUUCUGCACGUGGGCAUGCACCCGGAGUCAUUGCCGCUGGUGCGGCACAUGCUCGAAAACCCGCACAAGGACAGCUGGGACAACAAGGUUCGCAUCGCUCCCGCCUGCGGACUCUACCUGACCAACAUUGAAUAUGACCCUGCCCAUAUGGAUCUUGAUGCCGAUCCUCCCGAAGAGGUAGUUUCAUAUUUAAGUAAGCUCAGAGAUUUCGAGCUUGUCGACGACGAAGACUCCGACGAAAACAUUGAUGAAGAAUCCGUGCAAGAGAGCCACGAUCUCGAGGAACAUUCUUCGCGGUCCAUAUAGGACUGACGAUCGUAGAUAAAAAGCUUGAAUCAGUGUUGUUUAAUCAUUCACCAUUCAACAGUGGGCUCACAACAUCACUUCUCACCGUUAAAGAGCAGUUCAAUCAUGCCGCAUCAUAGAUGAGGUCAGCUCGAUUCUUACACAGUCAAUAAAUGCUCUGUCUAAACCCACCGAGCACUUUGGUUGGAAGCCAUGUAGUAUACCAUUGUCUUAUUUUGAGAGAUUGAUGGCCGAAUGUGUUGGUGCACUGCAUCUUGGAGCGCAUGGAGCAAAAGUUCAAGCUGUUGAACAUAGCAAUCCUAGGUUCUGUAUCUGAUUCCCUUCAUUUUUAUAUGGAUGAGUAUCGCAUACCAGUGUGCAAUCAUAUACAAUCACUACUUAGUAGGCUUGUGCAAAUGGUGGAUUUCGAGUUUGAAGUGAAUGUUACUUUAGGCCAAAUAUUUUCGAAUAGAAUAUUGAACAGUUCUUCUUAUCCUUUCACUACUGUUCCAUGCUUAACUCAGCUGAACUCGUGAAGGUUGUUCCCAAGCUUCCACUUGUAAAUUUCUAAGCCAAUUUAAAUCUUACUAUAGACCAAUGUAGGCAUUGGUUUAUAGUAAGAUUAAGAAAAUCUAAUGCCUAGAUUGAGAUGGUAAGUAAUCAUCACAUUUGACCUAAAAUCAAGCCUAUAGAGAUGCCCAGCUAUACCUUAUUGAGUGGAUUAAAAAAAAUGUUUGUGCUAUAUGCUAAUUUUGUUCAAUUUCGAAGUUGAAAAAUAAAAAAAAUAUAGCUACGAGUGA